GAACUCCUGAAUGCAUCAUCGUCAGUAGGAACAAAGCUAUGGCGGAAGUCAAGUACCACGGAGGGACAGUUAUUGCAGUUACACCAGAAUCCCGUCGAUAACAUAAGAGCAGCUAGAAACCUUUUUAACUCACAUACAUGAGGCGAAAUGCGUUAGAGACAAUUAGUAAAAAUGGACAAAAACGAUCUAACUUCAGGGUCUGAGGAGGGGAUUGACUGGGGAGGAAGUGCAGCUCAAGAAGGGAAGAUUAUGAAGAAGAUGAAAACCUUACCAAAGAAUGUGCACACUGGUCUCCCUACCCCACUUGCAGACCCUGUGAAAUUCUCUCUGGUUAAAGGAGACUACCUCUACUUCUACUAUGGCUGUGAUGGGCAAGAUGACAGAGGAUGGGGAUGUGGCUACCGCACUAUUCAGACAAUGGCCUCCUGGCUGUGUUAUAACUUGUCUCCACCUAAGGGCCAACACAGACCCCCACCGAGUCUCCCAGAAACCCAGCAAGCCUUGGUCUCCAUGGGGGACAAGCCAGGCUCAUUCUCAGGCUCCAGGGAGUGGAUCGGGACAUUUGAAGCUUCCCUGGUCCUUGACUAUUUCUAUGAUGUUCCCUGCAAGUUGGUACACAUCAGAGGUGGAGGGGUAGAGCUGGAACAGGUUGCAGUGGAAGAGCUCCAUCAGCACUUUCAGAAGCAUGGAUGUCCAGUCAUGAUGGGAGGGGACAGGGACAACUCUUCGAAGGGAAUAGUAGGCGUAUGCACUGACGACAAGGGGAGCCACUUGUUAAUUGUUGACCCUCACUAUUAUGGAGGUCAGCUGGAGAAGGAGGAGUUGCAGAGGCGAGGGUGGGUGGCGUGGAAAAGAGUGUCAUCCCUGGAUCAGUCUUCAUUUUAUAAUCUAUGCAUGCCUCAGACUGCCAAAAAAUGAUCAUGAAAUAAGUAACAGAACUAUCUGUUACAGACCUGCAAACUAUUUCAUUAUUUGUGUGGAUGAACUCAGGAAAAUGUCAGACUUCCUAAUAGAUACAAUUCAGUAUCAGUGUCAACAAGUGUCUUAUUAGGAGAAACUGUACAGUACUGUUUGCAUUUGUGUUUUACAGGGAGCUGUAGUGCCAUCAUGUGGAUGAAAUCAAUAAUGACAAAGUAUAGUAGUAAAGUGAAAUUUAAAUGAUUAACAUGCCUUCUUUAUGGCUCAAUAAAAAGCCUGUUGAAUCUCAGAUCUCCUGAGAUACAUUAAAUAUUCUCCUCAAUAGUU